CUGUGAGUGGAGUUUGGACAUUUUCCAACAGUAUGAGUUAAGAUAAACAAAUGAAGUCAGACUUUGACCUCAGUCUGUUAAAAUCCAGAUGGACAGCUACCCUCAGCUGAUCACUGUUCCAUCUACCAGAGCGACUCCAGGUCCUUAGGGUUGAAACAUGAGCGCCUUCGUGACUCUCUCCACAGGGCAGAGGAUGCCUGUGGUCGGACUUGGCACAUGGAAGAGCGCUCCAGGACAGGUGAAGCAGGCAGUGCUGGCAGCCUUAGACUGUGGGUACAGACACAUUGACUGUGCUGCUGCAUACAGCAAUGAACAGGAGGUGGGAGAGGCUCUGGCUGUCAGGGUCAGCCCUGGUAAGGCUCUGCGUCGUGAGGAGCUGUUUGUCACAUCCAAACUGUGGAACACCAAACAUGACCCGCAGGAUGUUGAGGAAGCGUGCAGGACCAGUCUGGCCCACCUGGGUCUCUCCUAUUUGGACCUGUACCUCAUGCACUGGCCCAUGGCAUUUCAGCGGGGGAAGGAGCUGAUGCCUCGACGCGAAGAUGGAAGUAUUUGUUACUCCAACACACAUUACAGAGAUACUUGGACAGCCAUGGAGAGCCUAGUGGACAAAGGUCUGGUCAAAGCCAUAGGACUGUCCAACUUCAACGCCAGACAGGUUGAUGAUAUAAUCAGCAUGGCCAGACACACACCUGUGGUCAACCAGGUGGAGUGCCAUCCUUAUUUGUCUCAAGUAGAUCUCCUGUCUCACUGUCGGUCAGUGGCAGUUUGUGUGACAGCCUACAGUCCUCUGGGCAGCGGGGACAGACCCUGGGCCUCUCCUGAUGAACCCAGUCUGCUGCAGGAUCCUCGACUGGGAGCUAUCGCCCAGAGAUACCAGAGAACACCUGCCCAGGUCAUACUCAGGUGGCAUGUUCAGAGGGGUGUCGUGUGUAUCCCUAAGAGUGUGACACCCACCAGGAUCAAGCAGAACUUGCAGGUGUUUGACUUUUCUCUGUCAGAAGACGACAUGAAGCUGAUUGAAUCCUUCAACCGCAACGAGCGCUUCAUCGUCCCAACAGUCGAGAGAGACGGCAAGAGAGUGUGGAGAGAUGGAGAACAUCCUCAUUUCCCCUUCAAUGAUCCUUACUGAGUCUACACACAAGGAAUGUUGUGUUUUUGAAAUUUCUAC